AUGGGAAUAACAAAUGAAGCCGUUCACAGGGAUAGGGAACAAAAUAUACUAAAGGAGGAGGACAUGGUAAAGCUUAAGAAGACAAAACCGGUCUCCACUCCCAAGCAAACAAAGCCAAGGAAAAACCAGUUUGCACCUACCUCUGGUGUACAAAAUCAUAUCUCUCCAUCCAAGCCACAAGCUAAGUCAAUUGGUGGAGUUGAUAAGAGGAAAAAGGAGAAGCCACAAAGGGAAUAUGUUGCAACCACUACUGAAGAUGUAGAGACAAAGUCUAAUGAAGCAGUGAAAGAGAUAAAGAAGCAAGAUGAUGUUGAUACUGCUAAGGUUGAUAACCCUGGUGAAGCUGAACAUGAUCAUUUGGUUAUAGAUGUUGACUCUGGAAAGGAAGAUAAGGAGGAAGUUUACAAAGAAAAGGGAGAGGUUGAUGUUGAGAAGGGUGGACAUGAUGGAAAAUAUGUAAGAGCAGAGGUGGUAGAAAAUGAGAAAGGAGAAGAGAAGGAUGAUAAGGAUCCAGUGAUAGUGGCAAGAGACACUAACAAAGAAAAACAGGUUGUCACUAACUUAGAUGAUUUCACUCAAGGGCCUAUAGAUCUGAGUUCACUAUCUCCUAUUCAAGCAUUGAAGCUAGCAACUCUUGCAUAA